AUGUGGUACAAACAAAGACUGGAGCAUGCGCCACUGGAAGUGGGAUCACAGUUAGAGGGAAAGUCGGCCGUGAUUUCAGAUCAAUUUGACAGAUCAAGAUUUAAACUCAACAGAACUGCGAGUGGCAUUUCUCUCAGUAUUGAACGCGUCACUAAAGAAGAUGAAGGAAUGUACUUCUGUGGAGCGACUGGAAAGAAAACGCUGGAGUUCUCUACUGCUACAUUCUUAGCGGUCACAGGGCAGUUAAACACCUCAGUGCUCCAAACUGCAGUACAGUGCUGCUCUCUGUAUGAGUUCUCUAAGAACAUCCUCGACCAGCACCAUACUGGAACUUACUACUGCGCUGUGGUGGUUUGUGGGAAGAUCAUCUUUGGCAAUGGAACAUCAGUAGAACUGAAAGAUCCUGUAGUUCCUGUAAUGCUGACUCUGGCAGUUUUCUCAGCAGUGUGUGUGGCUGUAAUCUGCACUCAAACCAUUUUAAUCCAUAAACUGAGAAAAUCUGAACACUGUGCUGAGAGAGUUCAGCAGGGGGCUGUGAGUGAGUGGACCACCAGACAGGACUCUGACUCUGAGGAGUUUGAUUUCACUGCAUUACGUUUCUCUGAGAAGAUGAAGAGAAGAGCACUAAAGGAGAAAGUUUUCACCCGAGUGAGAUUCUUCCCUGUUUCUGACUACAGAGCACUUCAGUAAAGCUGUAUUACACCACAGGAAAGAAGUCUUACUGAGUUCAUGUAGUCAUAUAGACUCUCUGUGU